CGUUUCCGUUAAAUCCGUCGCGAGCCUCGCCAGUGAUUCGAUCCGAUUCGAUUCGAUCCGAUUCGGUUUGAUUUGAUUUGAGUUCGAUCUGAUUCUGAUCAGUGCGAAGGAAAUACGUGUUCCAUCAAAUAUUUGCAAUGCAGAGAAAGCGAUUGCAAGAGUGUUGAGUGCCACAAAGUGCUGAGAAAAGUGACCCGCGCCAAGCUGAGCAAGGAUUUACGUGCUCAACUCAGCUAUUCAGAGAAAAUAUAACAUUAUAGCAGUACACAAAGUAAGACAACAUCAGACAUCAUCAGAAACAAGAGCUUUGAGGCGGAUCAAUAUACCCUUGAUACCGAAUUCCUCUCCGCGCGCAUCCCCCAACGGCCUUCAAAAUUCUUGAUAAAGUGGCCUCGAUAGGCGCCAACACGCUCAACUUUACGGACCUCGGGAGCCCCUACGAGGGGCCUCCCAGCACCCCGCAGUCCGGCAUGGACGCCCCCGAUGCCCCGCACACGCCCAAGUACAUGGACGGCGGCAAUACGGCGGCCAGCGUCACGCCGGGCGUCAACCUGCCCGGCAAGUCCGCUUUUGUGGAGCUCCAGCAGCAUGCCGCCGCCGGGUACGGAGGCAUCCGGAGCACCUACCAGCACUUUGGGCCGCAGGGCGGCCAGGACUCUGGCUUCCCGAGUCCGCGCAGCGCCCUCGGCUAUCCGUUCCCGCCCAUGCACCAGAACUCCUACUCCGGCUAUCACCUGGGCAGCUAUGCCCCGCCCUGCGCCAGUCCGCCCAAGGAUGACUUUUCAAUCUCGGACAAGUGCGAGGACUCCGGCCUCCGCGUCAACGGCAAGGGCAAGAAGAUGCGCAAGCCCCGCACCAUCUACAGUUCGCUGCAGCUGCAGCAGUUGAACCGCCGCUUCCAGCGCACCCAAUACCUGGCCCUGCCCGAGCGGGCCGAGCUGGCGGCGAGUCUGGGCCUCACGCAGACGCAGGUGAAAAUCUGGUUCCAGAAUCGACGCUCCAAGUACAAAAAGAUGAUGAAGGCGGCCCAGGGUCCGGGCACCAACAGCGGCAUGCCUCUGGGCGGCGGUGGACCCAAUCCCGGCCAGCACAGUCCCAAUCAAAUGCACAGUGGCGGUAAUAACGGCGGUGGCUCGAACAGCGGUUCACCCUCACAUUAUCUACCUCCCGGACACAGUCCAACGCCAUCGAGUACACCCGUGUCCGAGCUAUCACCUGAAUUCCCACCAACGGGUCUCAGUCCGCCAACGCAAGCGCCGUGGGAUCAAAAGCCGCACUGGAUCGACCACAAGCCGCCACCCCAAAUGACGCCGCAGCCACCUCAUCCCGCGGCGGCGCUACAUCCGCAGACGCACCACCAUAACCCGCCGCCACAGAUGGGCGGCUAUGUGCCCCAGUAUUGGUAUCAGCCGGAGACGAAUCCAUCACUAGUGACUGUUUGGCCGGCGGUCUAACAGCAUCCGAACCAGCUGCCCGCGGCUGCCUGGACGCAGCACCAGCUGAACCUCAACCUGAAUCUGGAGCGGGAGAGGGAGCAGUCCCAGUCCCAGUCCCUGCCACAGCAGCAGCAGCAUCAGCAGCAGCACCACCACCACCAUCAUCAUCACUCCUGCCCGGAACUGGGGUUGCAGCAGCACCUGCAACUGGAGCAGCAGGCGCUGGGAGCAGCGCAGGCGCAGCAUCUCCUCCAGCACCAGC